AUGUACAGGAAGAUUCUAGAUGCCGACGGGAGCAAUGUCCAUGCGCUGAGGGGAGUGGUGCGGUGCCUGCUCGAGACUGGCCAUGGUCGAACAGCCCAGGAGGCAGCAAGGCGACUUCAGGCGGCAGAACCCUCUGAUGCCGAGGCCAAUCUCCUCCUGGCUGAGGCUUUGCUCUGCGCAGGCCAGGCGCCAGCAGCGGAGCGGCCUCUUGCCGUUGCUUCGGCGCGACCCGUGGCAUCCUUGCGAAGUCGCAUUUUGCAGGCGCAGGCCAAGGUGGCCCUGUUUGCGGAGGAUUUCAAGAAGGCGAUGAGCAUGGCUUCAGAGGCCGUGCGAAUGGAAGCAGGUGAAGCUGGCGAUGUGAAGGCUCUCCUGGCGCUGGCUGAGGUGCGGAUUCAGUUCGCAGACUACGAAGCGGCGCUGCGGGCCCUUGGCUCGGCAGAACAGGCGCUUCGAAAU